CCUCUCCUCUGAUCUUUAUUAGUUCUGGCACUCAAAUCUCACCUCCAAUACUCCAAACUUACAGCAGACUCUACUGUACACGUCUGGAUUCACGUACAGAUUCCUCAUCAGCCGUCGGGAUGUGGAUUAUACUGUUGGGUAUAUUCGCCUCUGCAUUACUGGCCUCCUCGAGAUCAGACAAUACCACGGUAGUGCGCUCACGGAGCUGCAGCUUUGCUGGAGUGUUUCACGUGGAGGGGAAACAACGCUAUAGUCUGAAGUUUGAUGCGGCCGAGAGGUUGUGUGAGUUUUUAGCCUCUUCAUUAGCCAGUCUGGAGCAGGUGGAAAAAGCCUACGAUAAAGGACUACAGACAUGCAGGUAUGGAUGGAUAAACAGCUCAGAGGUGGUGAUACUCCGUCAGAAGCCAAAUAAACUCUGUGCUAGCAACCAAAUCGGCGUCAUCAGGAAAACUGAGGAAAAGAAAAAAAAAUAUGACGCCUUCUGUUAUGAUGCUGAAGAUACGUCAGAUAAGAACUGCGCCACUAUGAUUGACCCUGACAUUUUAAACAAAACAGAUGGCGACUCUGUCUCAGCAUUUACAGAAGUCACAACACUCCAAACAAAUGCUGGAGUGGAAGAGUCUGAAAACUCAACAUCUGAAGACACAUUUGUGUCUGAGUCCUCUACUCCAGUUCACUGGACGCAGACCAGACCCACACAGAGCCCUGUGGAACAGAACCACACCGAUCAAGCAGACGAUCAGACAAACCCUGAUACGCAUGAUAUGGAGUUCACAACUUCCUCAGGGCUGAGUGAGACAGCGUCUACCAGUGAAACACCAGUUCCCUUUGUUACUCCGGAAUAUGGCAUCCAAAACAACAGCUCUAUAGGGUUAGGUCAGGGAUCUUCAACAACUCCAGUCCUGGAGGGCCGGUGUCCUGCAGACUUCAGUACCAAUCCCAGUUUUACUCAUUUGUCUAAUUCGUAAGCAAUUCUGCACACCUUGCUUCAGGCAGGUUUCCAGUCCUGCUCCUGCAGAGUUCAGCUCCAACCCCACUUAAACACACCUGAACCAAAGCAAUCAACUCUUACUAGUCAUGAAACGUCCAGGCAGGUGUGCUGAGGCAAGUUGGAGCUCAACUCUGCAGGACAGCAGCCAUCCGGGACCGAGGGUAAGUGUUAAACUCAGCAGGACACUGACCCUUCAGGACUGGAGUUAAAAAGCCUUGUUUUUGGUGGUCUGAUCACCAUCCUCGAUGGAUGGGGAAAAUGAAGGGCUGUGGCAUUUUCAAAGUACAUGCACAGUUGUAAUGCUACUCAUUAAGUACAGCGUUGUCUGAAUUAAACUUGUAAUAUCAUUUGACCACCCCCAAAACACAAUCUGUUAUCGGCAUGAGCAAGUUUAGCAACCGCAUACAAAACCAGAGUCACUGACAGAAAACAGAACAAUGGGUAGAGUCUCAUAAUUGUGGAAGUAGAAUUUUUAAUCCCAUGAAUACAUUUGCAGUACAAAUACAAAUGCAAAACAAAGAUGACCCUGAGUGUUGUUGAACUGAAUAUAUGAAAUAAAUCUGUUAAAAUAGCCUUUAUUUAAAGCAGCAUAGUUUUAAGUUAAACCAGUGCCAGCUUUUAGGAUGUCUAAAAAUAGCAAAUGUCUAUUUGAUUAUUUGCUGACAGCAGACAAACCAGCAGAUGUCCUGACAUAAUGUGAGAACAUGAAAAGGGAAAAGCAUGAAAAUAUAUAUUUUGUUUAUUAAGAACACACACCAAAAAAACUCUUUUGUAAUUUGCACUCUAACUAUGUCAU